UCAAGAAGUCUGAAGUUGGUCUUUCUGUAGGACUUUGUUGUCCCUGCCUCCCUGUGGUGCUGUAGGCAGCAGAGGACCAUCUUUCCAAAUGGGUUAACUGCUAAAGACUGAUGUUACCUGAGGAGGAAGCCCAGAGAAGGAAGAAGAGGAAAGCAAAGGAGCCUGUGAUGGCUCUUGCUCAGGGGCAGUUGACAUUAAGGGAUGUGGCUGUAGAGUUCUCUGAGGAGGAGUGGGAAUGCCUGGACCCUGCUCAGAGGACUUUGUUCAGGGACGUGAUGUUGGAGAACUACAGGAACCUGGUCUCCCUGGGAAUCUCUCCUUUUGACCUGAGUGUUGUCUCCAUGUUGGAGCAAGGUAGAGAGCCUUGGACUGUGGAUGGCCAUGGGAAAAUAUCAAGAAACCCCAAUGGGUGGGAGUGUGUCAAAGGCAUGAACACAGAUAUCUCUCCUAAAUGUGUCAAGGAAUUUCCACUGAAAGAGAACAAUAUUACAGGAGAAAUAUCCCAAGCAGUGAUGUUAGAAACACAUGAAAACCAUGACAUUGAAAAAUUUUGCUUCAGGGAAAUCCAGCAAAAUAUACAUGACUUUGAGUAUCAUUGGAGAGAUAAUGAAAGACCUUACACAGAAUUUUGUUUGACCCAAAAGGAAAAUCUCGCAGGUAGAAGGGAUACAAGAAAAAAGCAUAUUAAAAAUUGGCUUGGAUUAAAUUUUCAGUCACAUGUGCCGGAACUGCAGCUAUUUCAAAAUGAAGGGAGCAUUUAUGAAUGGAAUUAUUUUGAGGAGUCUAUCAAUGAUGGUUCCUUAGCUUCACCCCACCAAAGAAUUCCUUCCAGUGUCAAAACAAAUAUUUCUCAUAAAUAUGAAAAUGAUUUUAUAGAUUCUUUGAUAUUCACACAAGGACAGGAAACACAUAUUAUUACAGAACCUUACAAAUGGAAUGAGCCUGGCAAAGCCUUUAAUCAUGACUCACCCUUUACUGUGCGUCAGAUAAUCCAUACUGGAGAGAAACGAUUUGUAUGUGAUAUAUGUGGCAAGAUCUUUAAUCAGAAAUCAAACCUUACAAGUCAUCAGAGAAUUCAUACUGGAGAGAAGCCAUACAAAUGUGAUGAAUGUGGUAAGUUGUUUAGUCAUAUUUCACAUCUUGUACAACAUCGGAGAAUUCACACUGGAGAGAAGCCUUUCAAAUGUUAUGAGUGUGGCAAAGACUUCAGUCACAAGUCAUAUCUAGCAAAUCAUCAGAGAAUCCAUACUGGAGAGAAACCUUAUAAGUGCAACGAAUGUGGCAAGUUCUUCAAUCAAAUUUCACACCUUGCAAGUCAUCGCAGAAUUCACACUGGAGAGAAGCCGUACAAGUGUGAUGAAUGUGGAAAGGUAUUCCAUCAAAUUUCACACCUUGCACAACAUCGAACUAUUCACACUGGAGAGAAACCUUUCAAAUGUGAUGAAUGUGGCAAAGUCUUCAGUCGCAAUUCAUACCUUGCACAACAUUUGAUAAUUCAUACUGGAGAGAAACCUUACAAAUGUGAGCAAUGUAGCAAAGUCUUCAGUCACAUUUCACACCUUGCACAACAUCGGAGAAUUCACACUGGAGAGAAACCUUUCAAAUGUAAUGAGUGUGGCAGUGUUUUCAGUCAUAAAUCAUCUCUGGCAAAUCAUCAAAGAAUCCAUACUGGAGAGAAGCCUUACAAAUGUAAUGAAUGUGGCAAAGUGUUCAGUCGUAAUUCAUACCUUGCCGAACAUCUGCUCAUUCACACUGGUGAGAAACCUUACAAAUGUAAUGAGUGUGGAAAGGUCUUCAGUCGCAAUUCACACCUGGCAUGUCAUCGUAGAAUUCAUACUGGAGAGAAACCUUACAAGUGUAAUGAGUGUGGAAAAGUCUUUAGUCAAAAUUCAUACCUCUCAUGUCAUCGAAGAAUUCAUACUGGAGAGAAACCUUACAAAUGUAAUGAGUGUGGCAAAGUCUUCAGUCUAAACUCUUCCCUCGCACAUCACCGGAGGAUUCAUACUGGAGUGAAAUCUUAGAAGUAUCUUCAGUCAAAACUGACACCUUGCACAUCACAGCAUUUAUGAUGGACAGAAACCUACAAAUGUAAUGAGUGUGGUGAAGCUGUUAGGAUGCAUUUAAGCCUAACUGAACAUGCAAUCUGCACUCUCCUUUGCAUUAUCACUGAAGGUGACAGUUGCACAUCAUUAGAGAUUUCAUCCUGGAAUGAUCGUGUACAAUGGAUGAGGCAAAACCUUCUGUCUGUGCCCAAGCCUUGUAAGAUCAUUGGAGAAUUCCUGCUGGAGAGAUACUUUCCAUUUGUAAUGGAGGAGACCACCCUUUAGUUUUUCUUUGAAACUUACUAACUAUAAGUUAAUCCAUAGGGGAGAGAAAUCUUAACAGUUUGAAUGUAACAUGGCCUUGAGGUGAAAUUGACAUUAGGAUUCACCAAAGAAUUCAUGCUGGAGGGCUGAACA